UCAUCGGAAGAAACGGAAAGUAGCGUCGAGCCCGAGCCGAAAAUAUUUAUCGAAAUAACGCUGGUUACGCGUGGAACAUCCCCGACGCCACCGGGUGCAACACCGCUUAUUAGAGCCCGCAGGGCGGAAAUGUGUAAAACAAUCGAAAAAACUAUCCAAAAGCAAUUGCUCCCUGUGGAAACGGCUGACAAGCAGGUACAGUCCGAUCGGAUGGACGAUCCAACAAAAUAUUUGCGCUACGGACAACCUUCGACACGGAGCUGGUCACCGUUCUUGGACCAAAAGUACGGAACAUCCUCACCGACCCUUGGUUAUACGCGUUACUCAAGCGCUUCCUCACGUUACAGUCGCGAUAGUCCUGGUUUCAGUCGUGAAACAAGCGUCAGCUCAUCGAAAAGUGACGCACCCGAGAAAAAAGAGCUUUCGACACUAGCUGCCCGAGUGAAGGAGCUUAGUUUGUCUAAAUCCAACAGCACCAAAUCCACUUCAAGUCGAUCGUCGACGGGAAGCGCUCCAGGUAGCAAGCUGAAAACACCACCAAAACAGAAAUCUCCAGAGAAACCACCACCUGCACCAGCCAAAGAUAGCCCGUCGCCAGUUCGCUCUGUCGCGAAUAAGGACUUCCGCAAGUCAGCACUGAACAUGGGUCCAGCACCCGAACGACCACGCAAAUCGUCCACAUCGUCGAGUAAAUCUUCCAGCUCUUCAGCAUCUACAGCAACGCCAGUCGCUGAAACGAAUGGGUCUACAAGUCGCAUUCCAAAUGUACGACAACAAAAUGGAACGAAGGUGACGAAACGCUCAGAUCGAUCAGCAUCGACCAGCUCGGAAGACACGAGCAGCGCUAGCGCAUCCUCUGGAACUGAUACAGACCGUGAGCAGUCCAUCACGCGUACAGCGCCAAAUGAGCAAGAUGAUCUUAGUGCCGCUACGGAUGCAUCCAACGCCAAUAAUGAGCUACUUUUGCGUGCAAUACAGCUAGCAACGAACUUUGUGAACAAUCAAAAUCGCAACGCAACCAGUUGGUAUGAUAACGCUAGUACAACUAGCAUGUCGGAGUGCUUGACGGCAGACCCGAGCGGCAAAUCGGGCUGGGAGGCGGGAACACAUUACAUGGAGAGCAUAAAAGAUGACUCUAGCAACGAGGAGGAUGAAGAAGACGAUGAAGGUAAUGAGAAUGGACAAGAAAAGGAUGCCGACGAGGAUGGACAGAAACCGGCCAGCGAAUAUCAGCAAGCGAUGUGGUGGAGGCGCUCGGGUAACUUUGAACAAACGGCUACAGUGCAGGAAACUGUGCCGAGUGCCCGUAGUUUUACGUACCGCAUCAGGCGUGUUGAGUCCGGCGAGAAACCUUGGUGGUUGACAGACGAUGGAAAUAAGCCAGUUCCCGAGCUGGAACCGGAUACGACGGAACCAUCCAGUACAGCCGAGCCGGAUAUGGCUGGUGGUACAGAAGCCAUGACUGACGAUGGUCGUACUACAGCAACAAGCAUAUUCGAAAGCCAAACGCUGAGCCCGUUCCGUCCGAUUAGGGUGACGCGUGUUGAGUCUGGUGAGCGAGCGUGGUGGAUGAAGAGCACUGAGAACGUGGCGGCAAAAUCGUCCGGUGAACGAAGCAAGCAGCCCAGCAAAGAGCAAACGCCUGAAUCGGUGGGCGCUGGUAAAAAGAGUCCCGGCUACACAGUGUUCAAACUCGAAGCCGAAGAUGAGGCUUGGUGGGAACAGGCCAUGGCUGACCUUUCACGCAAAGACCAGACGUCCGGUAGCAGUCCCAGCAGUACGUCGGGUAGUCGGGAACCAUCGAAGGAACCUACUCCGGAACCGCGAUCUCAAGGUGUUACUCUUACUCGUGUCGUCUCAGGAGAGAAGGCUUGGUGGUUAUACAGUUCCGAGAAGGUAAACGAGCUUGGGAAAACUUCAGCGACCGAUGACAUCGCUGACAACGGUAUUGAGAACAAUGAAUCUGUACGUGAGUGUAGCCCGGUGAAGGCGAAACCAUUUAAGAUCACGCGGAUUGAAUCUGGUGAACAGCCCUGGUGGAUGCUCGAGACCUCUGAUGCACCCGUUUCUCGCUCUGGAUCCAAAUCAAACGUUGUGAGCAGAUCGAACAGCUUCAACUCCAAGGCGAGCGGUAAACAGACCAGUCCAACAAAGUAUCGUAUAACGCGCGUCGAAUCGGGCGAAAAGGCUUGGUGGAUGACCGGUGACAGUCCGGACGAGAGCGCUGGCAGUCCCCGCAAGCUCUCAUCCUUUGUCGAGCAACAUGGUGAAGAGGAAGCGGACCUUCAGAACUCUGACAUUGAAGCACAGGUAGAACAGGAGCUGCAGAGUAUCACAAACUUUGUGGCCGGUUUACCGAAAUUUCCCACGGGUGAAUAUACCAUCGAACCGAUUACUAGCGAAACGCCUCCGCUAGGUGAUCGUGCUAGCCCGGAAGGAGAGGCUGGCGGACGGGCUUCUCCGUACGAUAACAUUCCCUCGACACUGUCUGCUCCUCUGCAAGCGAAUGUUCAAGCUGUUCCGACUGUCUCAUUGGAACAUGGCACAAAUGUUUCAACGGAUGCGGGUAAUUUAAGCACGCGAAAGGAUACGCAGUCGCCGGUGUUCAUUUCACGGCAUACAAACAUUGACGAUCUGCUUGGUGGUUCCUGCCACCCGCUCAGCCCAAUGAUGGACAGGAUGUUUAUUAUGGAUGAACUGCAGGAGAUCACUCCAAAGGACGUUCGAGUACAUGACAGUACACCGCAGUUCAUUGAUUACGCAGCGCAACAGAGGCAAUGCAAAGCGAGUACGCUCGACGAUGCGGCCCUCCAAGUGUACAAAGACGGAGACUAUGGAGCCUACCUCGAUCUGGAAUCGUCGCUGGCCGAACAAUCGGAAGAUAUUGAAGGUCUCAACUCAAACCGCAAAAACUCGCUGGUCGUCCGUACGCAGCUCAGUGUCCGAGUUCACUCCAUUAUCGAAAAGCUACUUUCCUCCGAAGGCCGUGAACUGCGACGGGUACUGUUUUCGUUGAAACAGAUUUUCCAGGAGGACAAAGAUCUGGUGCAUGGGUUCGUGGCGCACGGUGGUCUCAACUGUCUGGUACAGAUAGGCAACGAGGCGGACCAGAACUACCAGAACUACAUCCUGCGCGCUCUCGGACAGGUGAUGCUGUACGUGGACGGCAUGAACGGUGUGAUGAAGCAUUCGCCGACAAUCCAGUGGCUGUACUCGUUGAUCGCUUCCCGCUAUCGAUUGGUGGUGAAGACGGCACUGAAGCUGCUGCUGGUUUUUGUGGAGUACUGCGAAGGAAAUUGCUACCUGCUCGUUAGUGCCAUCCGGUUUAUGGAUACGGCACGGGCAGUGGUUCCAUGGAACAACAUCAUGCGAUUACUAAAAGACUACGAGAAUGCUGACACUGAACUAUUGAUCUACGCUACGUCUCUGAUCAAUAAAACACUGUCUGGUUUAAGUGAUCAGGACAGCUUCUAUGACGAGAGUGACUUCCUCGAGCAGCAAGGCAUGGAGGGCAUCAUCCAACGGUACAUGUCCCGCCCGGGCACGGAUCUCGAUCUACUUGAUCAGCUGCAACUCUACGAAAGCGUCCUACGUUUCGAGGACGGUGAGUGUGAUGGUAUACGCAUACCGGACAAUACUGUCCGCAAAACGCUUCGGUAUCGUUCCACCGGCAACGAUACGACUGAUCGACGAAAAUCGCGUCGACACAGCACGGGUACUGCUCCACCUCCACCUCCUUCAGUUGCUCCUCCUCCUCCACCGCCACCCCCUCCGCCGCCAUUAUCCGCCUAUCCCAUGUAUGCGGCGCCACCCAGUGGUCCUCCACCUCCUCCUCCUCCUCCACCAUUACCCCCACCAAUUGCACCGGUACAGCUAUACGGUGGACUGCAACUGCCCGGACAACAGCGCCAACAGGACGAGGACAGUUCAAGCUCGGCGCACAGCGGUGAUCAUCUGCCGGGAACCGGUUAUCACGAUCCAUCUCGUGACACUACCGGCGUCACACCGGGAUUGCGUCGUCGCCGGGAACGUGCCGAGCGACAGAAGAAUUUAAUACGUGAACAGCAAGAGCUCGGACAGUUCCAGAACGGCUGUAUUCCUACGGCAGAAGACGCCAAUAAUGUCAACAAUGGAUACUCGGCGGCACACUGGAAUGGAGGAUUCUACCGCCGAUCCAGUGGACUCACCAAUGGUUCUGCUGUUGGAACGCCUGCCAACUCCUUGCUGCUAACACCACCAACCAUCCACGAAGAAGAUAAACUUCAGUUACGGCUGAAUGGCGGUCUAACCUCGUCUGUGAUUUUGCACAAGCAACAACCCUCUAAUCAUUCCGAACACACAAACGGUAUCGUUCAGACUAAUGGAAACGGCACGAUCAAUGGCACAUCUCCGUUGGACAGUGUGGAGUACCGUAACAGUCGCAAUCUGUUGCUCAACAAGCAUGGCAUCAGUGGUUCAAACGGCACAGCCACCGAUCGUUGCAAGGUAGAUCUCAAUGGCAAUAGCGUAAGAAGUACGCGGGGUUGUGCCAGCGUACUGACGGAACCAGAUGACGAGAACAAGAGUCCUAACAUUAAGACACAGAUGACUCUCUCGAUGAGUACAUAUGGGAAGCAGCUAACAAACGGUAAGGAUUCCUCAGAUUCGACCUAUCAUCGAAGACCCGCCACAAACGCUGGGUACGAACGGACGAAUGGCAUCGUGAACGGGAACCAUGCCGAAACCAAGAGUCAAGAUCUCCCACCGGUUCAAGAAUCGGACAACGAAGAUAAGAAACUGAUCCUACAGCUGAAGAAGGACCACACAGUGAAGGAUCUGACCCAAAAGCUGAGCUGCUUGCCGCUGAGCCCGCAGGAGGAAAAACCGCAGAAUCGUAUCGGUGACAUGUCGGGACUGAUUUCCAAGGCCAAGGAAGGGUUGGCAAAGAGCAAAAGCAACAAGGACAUCUCACGAUCGCCCAGUGUGGACAAUGAUAUCAAGAAGUUGGCCAACGGUGAGCCGAAGAAAUCGGAAAAUGAGCUUCACUGGGAAGAGAUAGUUAAGAACAUGACGCGCAAGCUCAGCCUGUGUGAUCUGGACUUUACGGAUCUGACGUCGGACGACGACAAAGAUUUGCUGGCCCCGCGUGGCUUUGGUGGUGCUGUACCGCCACCGCCCCCACCAGGUGGUAUGUUGAUGAACGGAAUGCCACCGCCACCGAGCAUGAUGCGUCCACCGCCAACCAACCUAGUGCCACUGCCGGGCAAUAUGCUUAAUGGAAAUGGCAUGCCCCAACUGAACAGUUUGGACGGUUCGGCCACUAUUAAGAAAAAUAAAAAGACUGUAAAACUGUUCUGGAAGGAAGUGCGCGACGACAUGAUCCCGGCAGUGAUUCAACGCACCAUCUGGGAUGAGCUGCCGGAAGCGAUAGUCGACACACAGAAGCUGGAGCAUCUGUUCGAAUCCCGUGCCAAAGAUUUGAUGACCAAGAAGCAACAGGAGCUGAACAAGAACAAGGAAAUCAUCGUCCUGGACCAUAAGCGCUCGAACGCGAUCAACAUCGCCAUGACGAAGCUGCCUCCCCCGAGAGCCAUUAAAGCGGCCAUUCUGAAGAUGGACUCUACGGUCGUGACACGCGAAGGCAUCGACAAGCUGCUGAACAUGCUGCCGUCGGACGAGGAACGGUGCAAGAUUCAGGAGGCGCAGAUGCUCAAUCCCGAGCUACCGCUCGGUACGGCCGAACAGUUUCUGCUGACGCUGUCCUCCAUCUCGGAGCUGGGGGCACGGUUAAAGCUGUGGGCGUUCAAGCUGGACUUUGAGAACAUUGAGAAGGAAAUAGCGGAGCCGCUGAACGAUCUGAAGCAGGGCAUCGAGCUGCUCAAGUCCAAUCUUACGUUCAAGUGCAUCCUCUCGACGCUGCUGAACAUUGGUAUCUUUCUGAACGGCGCACCGGUCAAGGGUUUCCAGAUCGAUUAUCUGGCCAAGGUGCCGGAGGUGAAGGAUACCGUGCACAAGCAUUCGCUGCUGCACCAUCUCUGCCACAUGGUGAUGGAAUCGCAGGCCAACACUACGGAUCUGUACUCCGAGAUUGGGCCGAUCACGCGCGCCUCCAAGGCGGACUUUAACGAGCUGGCCCACAACAUUGUCUACCUCGAGACGGAAUGUAAGGCAUCGUGGGACCGGCUGAAGCUGAUCGGCAAACACGACACUGCACCACAUCUCAAGCAGAAGCUGAUCGAUUUCCUGGCCGAUUGUGCUGAGCGGAUUAUCAUCCUGGACAUUGUGCAUCGACGGGUACUGAACAGGUAUCGAAAGUUCCUGCUCUGGCUUGGUGUGCCACAGUUACGCAUCGCCGAAUCACGCCCGAACGAGUUCUGCCGGAUUGUGUCCGAGUUUGCGCUCGAGUACCGAACGACGCGCGAACGUGUCCAGCAGCAGAUCGAAAAGAAGGCUAACCAUCGAGAGAGAAACAAGACUAGAGGCAAGCUGAUUGUGGACGUUGCCAAAUUUAAAACCCAGGAAGAUCGGGCCGAUGACGAGCUGCGCACUCUGCUUGGAACCCCAACCAAAGGCCCCGGAGGAGAGGAAGUCGAGAUGAGCGGUACCUUAACAUGGCGUCGGCGGCGCGGCGAUGCGACAGCAUCACCGGUAACGCUGAUGAACUCCACGCACCCAACCGUACCCAGCCCAGGCCACAACUCCAUCUCGGUAAUCGGCGGCCGGGACGAAAGCUUCACCGACGGUGAUGACGAGAUACUGGAGUCGUUGGUGAAAACAGCCACCAAAACGGCCACCCCACGACCGAUGCAAAGGGAGCGGAAACGAACACGCCAGGCAGAUCGGAAAUCAUUACGACGCACGUUGAAGAACGGAUUAUCGGAGGAGGAAAAGCAACAUGUGGCCUCGUUAAUAAAAGGAUAUUGAAUUCGGGCCGCAUCAUCAGCCGCUCA